GCCCGCCGUGGCUGCUCUCAAGGACUCAAGUUUUUCUCUGCCUAUAGACAAUUAAUAAAUUUUCGGAAAUGAAAUGUUUUACUUUCAUCACUUGAGGAAAAGAUUCAUUAUGACGGCCAAAUUCUAGUGCAAUCCAGUGCAGGAAUAAAAAAAGAGACAAAUCUCUGAUAAUUUUGCCCCGAAGCAUAUUCUGACACGUUGCCCGUCUACAUUGUUUGAACUCCCGGUUCGAGGGUCGCACGUGUCGUUUAUAUAUAGGUUAUCGUCGUAAACAAACGUCGAAUUGCGAUUUAUUUGUCACAUAUAAAACCGCGAAUUUUACUGUCAUCCCGUUGUAAAUAAGACUCUCGAAAGAUGAAGGAGACCCCUGUUACAAAUUGUGAGCGAAAUUUUACAAACAAAUGUAUAGAGGAGGAAACGCGGUUGGACGGCCGACAACUAUUAGAGCCACGUUCGGUGAACAUCUACUUCGGCUCCAAUUGGGGUUGCUGCAUGGUCUCUCUUGGACAUACGCGGAGGAAUCUUUUCGCAGGGCGGUAGCGCAGGUAUCGUGUGACAUACAACAACCGAAGACGUCUCGUCCCAACGAGGGCAUGAUACGCAUAAACGUCGAGCUCACUCCGCUGGCGGCGCAGCACUUCGAAAGUGGUAGACAAUCCGAGGCGGCCAUACUUAUCAGUAGGCAGCUGGAGAAAUGUUUUAAGGAUUCAAAGUGCGUAGACCUGGAAUCUCUCUGUAUUGUAGCGGAUAAGAAGGUGUGGAAUCUGAGAAUCGACGUCAAUAUCAUAAACCACGAUGGGAAUCUGGUGGAUUGCGCCUCUAUCGCAACGCUCGCCGCUCUUAUGCACUUUCAUAGGCCAGACGUCACGUCCACUGGCGAGGAGGUCAUCGUACAUCCUGCCUCCGAGAAAGAUUUCCUGCCGUUGACGUUGUUCCACUAUCCGGUCUGCGUAUCGUUCAUAACUUACAAGAGUGGUAACACCAUAAUGGACCCGACUUACACGGAAGAAAGAGUCGGUGUCGCUGAGCUUACCCUCGGCGUAAACUCUUACAGAGAACUUUGUAGCUUGCACUUCGAUUAUUUAACGAAGACCAUGACGAUCGAGGAUGUCAUAUCCGAGGUUUCUGAUCACGCGGCCAGUUACGCGACAAAACUGGUGCAGCAGAUCAAGGAGGCGGUAAUCAAGGACGCGCAGUCACGGUACAAAAAAGAUGACGGCAAAUUAUCUAGAUUUAAAGAGAGUAUUGAAGUGAACAAGCUGACGACAACGAUUAGCGAGCACAUUGCUAUUAAAUUACGUAAAUGGGACGCAACAGCUAUAGUCGAUGAUGAUUUCAUGGAAGUAGAGGAUGAAGACGAGAGCCAUAUCAUAAAAUACGAAGAAGGGGCAGCUGACUUGAUACCCGACUCGCUUAAAAAAGAAGAAACUAUUACGUACGACUCUGAUUGGGACGAAAUUGUCGUCCAAUCGCCAUCUCCGGGAAAAGAAGAGAUAGUGAUAGACUUAAUAGACAGUGACUAGAUUCAUUCAAAAGUAUAUAAUGAAUUUGGAAGGUCAAUUGGUUCAGA